AUGCAGGGCGGUCCGGACGAUCUUUGGAUUGCUGGCAGCGAUGAUCAGUACCAUAACAGGAUCGCAUCGAAUCAGAUCAUCGCAGAAGAUGGCUCAAUCACUUACAAGAUCGCUAUGGGCAACGAGGCCAUCAGCGCGAAUGCUGACGGCUCGUGGGGGCUAUUCUUCAUUCCUACCGGUGCCCAAUUCGACAAGAGCGCCGAAUCGACUUACAAUGCUGGCCCCCGAUUUCAGUUGUUCAAAGCAGGAGACCCUAUCCCGAAUAGUGAAGUGUCUGCCACGUCUACCACCACAAGCGCAGCAUUUAGCCCCACGGCAACCUCCGUGGUCGUCUCCCCAACAAAUGCGUCACAGCCUACAAGUAACGCAAGCGCAGACAACUCGCCAGGCCUGAGCCGCGGAGUCCUCACAGGGAUCGCGAUCGGCGGCAUCGUCGGCGUAUGUGCCAUGCUUGGUCUUCUGUUUUGGGCACUUCGACUAAGAAGGAAAGUCAAAGCUGCCAACAAUCAUCGAUCUUCCGGCAUCAUUCCACCGUCGGGUAUCAUGCCAGAGAAGAACGAGCCAAGAUCACCGGGGAUCAGGACAGUCAGUGGUCUUCACGAGGCUCAUGGUGACCGACAUCAGCCGAUCGAGAUGGAGGCUAAACGGAAAUCGAUGUAUCACGUCCAUGAGAUGGCUGGAUGA